AUGGACGACUCAAACACUCCCUCGACGCCAGACACAGAGUUGUCUCCGCCAUGUAGUCCUCAGCAAAAGAUUCAGCAUCUACGAGAUACCCGUUCUGCAGCAAAAGAGAAGCUGACGCAAUUAACAUUAGAAGAAAAGGUCUCACUUCUCACGGCCGCAGACUUCUGGAGGACGAAAGCUAUUCCUGAGAAGGGCAUCCCUUCAAUCAAGACAACGGACGGUCCCAAUGGCGCACGCGGUGGUAUUUUUGUCGGUGGCACAAAGGCCGCGUUGUUUCCCUGCGGUAUCUCCCUCGCGGCAACAUGGAACAAGGAUCUCCUAUACCAAGUUGGACAGCACUUAGCACUCGAGGUUCGAGCUCGAUCAGCGGAGAUGCUUCUAGCUCCAACUGUCUGCAUGCAUCGUCAUCCCCUCGGUGGUCGUAACUUUGAGUCCUUCUCCGAAGAUCCUCUACUCACUGGAAAGCUCGCUGCGCAGUAUAUCAAGGGUCUUCAGGACCAAGGCGUUGCGGCUACUAUAAAGCAUUUCGUCGGAAACGAGCAAGAAACGAAUAGAUUAACGAUAGACUCGCUCAUCACGGAACGACCUCUACGGGAGAUAUAUCUAAAACCGUUCGAGAUUGCAGUUCGAGAGGCCAACCCAUGGGCUGUCAUGUCUUCGUACAAUCUCAUCAACGGUGUGCACGCUGACAUGAACCGACACACACUCAAGGACAUUCUUCGUGGAGAAUGGGGAUACGAGGGAGCCGUGGUGUCAGACUGGGGCGGCAUCAACUCAUCAGUGGAAGCUGUGGAAGCAGGCUGCGAUAUCGAGUUUCCCUACUCAUCCAAAUGGCGUCUCGAAAAGCUCGUCACUGCCGUCAAAGAGGGCCGCAUGUCGAUAGAGCAUAUCGACCGAGCAGCAGAGAAUGUACUCACACUGGUGGAACGACUCAAAGGAGGCGACAUGUCACCAGAGCGACCAGAGCGCGAAGACGACCGCGAGGAAACGAGACAGCUGAUCCGAGCUGCCGGCCACGAAGGUCUCACGCUUCUCAAGAACGACGGCGGCAUCCUCCCUAUCUGUCCCAAAUCUACCAAAGUCGCCGUCAUCGGGCCAAACGCCAAUCGACACAUUGCAGGCGGUGGUGGAAGUGCGAGCUUGAACCCGUACUACAACACCAUUCCGCUUGACAGCAUCCGCAAGAUGUCUCAGCAGAAAGUGGCUUUCGCCCAAGGCUGCCAUAUCCACAAGUGGCUCCCGGUCGCAUCAGAGUACUGCACUGAAAAGUCGGGCAAGCCCGGCGUUAACAUCGACUGGUUUGCGGGAGAUAAGUUUGAGGGCAGUCCACUGGUCAAGCAGCGCAGGACCAACACAGAUCUCUUCCUCUGGGAUUCAGCGCCUCUGAACGAAGUCGGUCCUGAAUGGUCUGCCGUGGCUACUACAUACCUCGUUUCCAAGACAACAGGCAGACACACCAUCAGCUUCAUGAGUGUAGGACCCGGGAAGCUUUACGUCGAUGGAAAGUUGGUCCUCGAUCUAUGGGACUGGACGGAGGAAGGCGAGGCGAUGUUCGAUGGCUCGAUUGAUUACCUCGUUGAUGUGGACAUGGAAGCUGACAAGGCCGUCGAACUUCGCGUGGAGAUGACCAACGAACUCCGCCCCAUCUCUAAGCAGAAGCAAUUCGGCAUGACGCACAAGUACGGCGGUUGCCGAAUUGGGUUCAAGGAGCAAGACAAGGUGGACUACAUCCAGCAGGCCGUUGAGACGGCUCGUGAGGCUGAUGUGGCCGUUGUGAUAGUCGGAGUAGAUGCUGAGUGGGAGUCUGAGGGGUACGAUCGUCAGACGAUGGAUCUUCCUGCUGAUGGAAACCAGGACAGACUCAUUGAGGCUGUGGUCAAGGCCAACCCGCGGACAAUUGUCGUUAACCAAUCUGGCAGUCCCGUGCAUAUGCCAUGGGUCGAUCGGGUGCCGGUCAUUCUCCAGGGCUGGUAUCAGGGACAAGAAGCAGGCAAUGCGUUAGCCGAUGUCCUCUUCGGUAUUCAGAACCCGAGCGGCAAGCUCCCGAGUACAUUCCCCAAACGCAUCGAGCAUACUCCAGCGUGGCAUACCUGGCCCGGCGAGAACCACAAAGUCCUGUAUGGCGAAGGCCUCUACAUGGGAUACAGGCACUACGACCACGCCAAGAUCGAGCCUCUGUUUCCCUUCGGCCACGGUCUUUCAUACACAACGUUCGAGUACGGCCGCCCCGAAAUCUCAACCAGGACACUCACGCCCGACGGCGAAAUCAACAUCACCCUGGCCAUUUCCAACAUCGGGUCCUGCGCCGGCUCAGAGAUCGUCCAGCUCUACGUCCACGAUGAGAAGAGUCGGUUGCCAAGGCCGGAAAAGGAGCUUGUAUCGUUUGAGAAGGUGUUCCUUGAAGCUGACGAGACAAGACACAUCACUAUCAAGCUUGACAAGUACGCAGUUGGGUACUAUGACGAGACAGUCCCAGGAUGGAUUGCUGAGGAGGGCGCUUUCAAGCUGCUGAUUGGCGCGUCGAGUACGGAUAUCAGGCAAUCGACGAGGUUCCAUGUGAAGAAGUCGUUUACUUGGGUAUUCUGA